CCCCAGCGCUCUCUGCCGGCGGGGACGCCCCGGGCUCCCGAGCGGGCGCAUCCCGGCGGCGCUGGGGGCUCAGCCCGGGCAGCAAGCGGGGCUCGGCGCACAGCCGGGCUCCUCUCCCUUUCCCUCCCCGCGGUGCUGGAGGAUUUUCUCCCGCUGCAGCCCCCUCGCUGCCCCCCAGACAUGGUAGGGCACCUACAGCUGCAAGGGAUGGACGAGAGCCUGAAGGAGAAGAGCCGGGAAGGCUUGCUGGACAGCCCGGACUCGGGGCUGCCCCCCAGCCCCAGCCCCCCUUUCUACUCCCUCUCGCCCGGCGGGGACCCCCCGGCCCCGGGGCACCGGCGGGAGCCCAAGGACGGCAAAGUGAUGCCUUACCUGCUCCUGAACCCAUCCAUGCCAGAGAUGAAGCCUCGAAUGUAUCCUGUGUUUUUUGGAGAAAGCAUUGAGGUCAACCCUGAGCCCGUGCAGGAAAUCAGGUGCAAUUCUGAGGUGAAGUACGACUCCGAGAAGCAUUAUCGGGAUGACAUCUUCUACAGCCCCAUCCCCACUGUCACCACAUACAGAGAGACAAUCAUUGCUGCUCCCAAUUGCACCUGGCGGAACUACAAGUCCCAGCUGAUCUUUGAGCCCCGCCAGAAGCCACUGAGGUUUCAGAGCACAACCAUCAUUUUUCCUAAGCGCGCUAAGAACAUUUACCGGACCACCCUCAACUACAGCUUGGGUUGUGCCAAGCGUUGGUUUGCUUCCAGCGUGCAGCUGGAGCUCUGCGAGGAAACCAGCCCGCGGGUCAUCUACAGUGACACCCUCUGAUCUGCCAUGCCUCUGGCAACCUUCUGACCUCAAGGAGGCUGUGGCCUUUGCUGGGAGUCUUGCUGGGCCUUCAUUGAUGGUGACUGAAUAUCGAUGGUGGAGGACAAGUCAUCUUGGGUGAGGCUGAACUGGCUGGGAGGAGGCUUGCAGGGCACGGGAUGGUUUUGAUCAGUGAAAGGCUGGCUUGUAUUUUGCGACGUUCCUGACAUUCAUGAUCUGGAUUUUAUUUUUGUUUUGGGUUUUUUCUUUUUUACCAAGCAUAUCUAUUUUUGACUUUCACUUAGAUGAAAUCAAGCAUGGCCACCUCUUCUGUGAGCCUAGCCAAGAGUGUGCAGGGGAGACUGAGGAAACCGACCGGCUUAUGGGCUAUUUUCUAAAAAUUUCCAAACGAUUUAGGAGCCAAAUGCCCUAUUUCAAAAGUACUGUCAGUCCAAGCGUGCUGUGCUGUUCGUGGUCUCAAAUGCCCAGUUUACGGGAAUCUUUAUGCACUUGCAACCCUUUUGGGUUUCAGGGCUGUAUCGCACAAAGGAACAUAGCACAGGAAGAUACUGUCUAACUUCAAAGAAACCAGCACUCAUGAGCAAGGUUGCUGUCCCCCUCAGUAGUUUCCUUACGUGCAGAAUGGACAGCUUCACUGACUGUGGAGGAGCAGCCAGACUUUCUCAAGGCAGAGCCUGAAGUAUUAAGAGCCCAAAUGUGUGUGGGUUUUCCUUAAUCAUCCAGGCUGUGGCAGCUCAACAGGUACUCCACAAACAGCUGAGCAGCCUCUGCAAAAGGAUUGAGAAACCCCAAUAGAGCAGGAGUCACUACAGCCGUCCUAAGGUAAACCAUUCCCCACUCGUGAAUCACAUCUCCCAGCUUCUCUUCACUUUGGGAGCUCACUGAAAAUCUGCAGGAGCCUGGAUUCAUGCAAACAUGUAACCUUUGAAAAUGGCAUGGAAUUGUCUCCAAAAAUCCUACCAAGAACUUUUGGAUGCUGCUUAGAAGAGCCCAGACUUAGAAAAUAACCACACAGCUCCGGAAAUUAAUUUCCAGCUUUCCGUCUUCUAAACUUUCCAUUUUGUUCCUGACUUGCUGCGAGCCCAAUUGAGUUAUUUCAGAACACAACCGAGCAGCCAAGUCAGAAAACCUAUUAACAGUGUCAACAAGACGUAGCUGAUUGCCCAGAACAGUUGAUGCACGAACCCACAGAGAUUAAAAAAAAAAUGUUUCUGAAAAACUUUAAAAAAUAAUAAAAUUAAAUAGUGACUAUAAAGAUACUUUUUUCCAUCAAUUUCAGAAGGCAUUUGGUAAAUGUGACAAGAGCUGUGACCUUUACAGAACAGGGUGCUCUUCUGUUUAAAAUGAAGAACAGGUUUUCCACCAGACGUAAAUAUAAAGUAUUUCUAUACAAACUGAAAUCCUGACAACUGAAGCAUCAUUGGUACUGAAAAACGUGUGCUGCGACAGCGAGGAACUCUGUCUCUCUGUUUGGGAGUUACUUGGUAGGGGAAAACCUCACAAAGGAUUUCCAAGGCUUCCACCUACCGUUGAUUUAUUUUCAGCAACACAGAAACAACGGUUAUGUUUGCUGUCAGUCAGAUUUUGCUGUCACUGACUGUCAGCAUCAUAGCGUAGAAAAGCAACUUCUCCGUCCAAAGGGAUUAUUAUGCCUGAAGCAACCUUUCUUCCCAGAGCUCCAGCAAACGAGUGCUACAGAGUUAACUGCUGGCAGGGCAGCUGAAGCUAGGAUGAAUGUGGUCCCAGUGCAGUGUGCGUUGGUGAUGCACUUGUCCGGUAUCGCGUUUUGCUGAGUGCUGGUGAGCGAGCCUUGCGACUAGUGGAAGUGCCCAUUGGUCUUCCUUGGUAUGUUGUGAAGGCUCUGGAGGGCUCUUCCAUGGACCUGUGAGAGUGUAGCAAAGGCAGAAGGUUUGCAAGCUGAGAGACGGUGUAAUCCAGGGUCAAAAGCAGGGCCGGUGCUCAUGCCCAGGAGAUCCCUGCAUGAUGACAGAUUAGAUGCGAGCACCUGCACUAAGCAAGUACGAAGACAGGCUGACCUUCCAAGCCAAAGGGAUGCCAGAAACUCCCUAUUCUGACUAUACAUCAAGCUUUUCUCCAGUUAACAGUUGGAUUAUUCUCCUGCUCCAAGCACAAAACUGCAGUUUUUGAUCACACUGGUCUUUGAGCAGGACAGGUUUUCUCCAGAAAAUCUCUUUUAUCUUGGCCAUCUGUGGGCUUCUGCCUACUUUGUCUGCUGUUAGUUCUGCUUCCUAAAUGUUGGCUACAACAGAAAAAAAGAGAAUUUAAAAAAAAAAAACAACAGAAAACCAGUGUGGGAAUACAAAUCCAGUGGAGAGACCUGAAGCACAGCCUGGCCUUUCCCCGGGCAGGCAGACAGGCUGCUAAGGCAAAGUCUCACAGGUGGAUGUGACCCCCAGGACGGUGCGAUGGAGGGCGGCAUCCUUGGCACUGCAGGAUCCUCGCACAUACAGGCCAGGCUUCUUUGAAGCUUCAUGCUUUGUUUUCUCUGCAAAUAGACUAGAAAUGACCUAAUAUGCUCCUGCUCCAUUGAGUUUAAGCAGCUAUUCUGGUUUUGCCACCUCGGGAAAAGCCAGCUGGCAGCUUUGAGCUGUGUAGCCAUGCACAGCCCAUGGUGGGCUACCACCCUGGACCACAUCCAAGCCGUGACAUUGCCAAGUGCCUGAGAUCUGUAGACAUUUUUGAAAAAUGCCUUCUUCUAUGAUGUCUCUCAUGGGCCCAUCACAAGCUGCUUUUCUUCUCAGUGAAAGAUGGCGUUGGAAACAGACUUUGUUUUUCCUCAGCACCAGAAAACCACAGAGGCUCAGGUCUUCACCCUCACGUGGGUGCAGAGCCCACCCUGCCUGCCCACCCCCUGGCCCUGUUGCUUCUAUCAAUGAGGCUGCGUUAGGCAGCGGUAGAAGAGCUCUCAGAAAAGCAAUGCCUUUUUUUUGUUGUUGUUCUUAAACACCAGAAACUGAAUUCUGUGUUUAUGUGUUUCCAAUUAAGAAUCCCUCCCAGCAGCGAAGUGGUGCCUUACCUGUAGUAUGUUUGUACAUCUGGAAGGCACAAUUAGUCCAAACAGAGAGGUGUUUUGCUUUUAAAUGGAGCGUUACUCAUCUCAACCAACAGAUCUUUGUUCAUGUAUGUUUUCUCAAAGAUGCAAAUGAUAAAUUUAGACCAUAAAUGCUGCUUAGAAAGGUGAGAUUCCUUGAGCAGCUGGGAAUAUGGCUAGAGGAUUUCUCCCCAGGAGCCUAAUGUGCUUGUUGCCCACAGUGCUGCAAGCCUGAUAGGUGAAGUCAGACUGCCUUCAGGAGAUCCUUUCUGUCAAUAGUUAUUUCUGAGAUCAGAAGCUUUCUCAGAAGGCAUCUGUUCUGGGGAGGAGAAGGUUGGUUUUCUCAAUAUAGAAAGUCACUGUCUGUCUCAAAGAUGUGGGGUUUGUCCUUCAUCUCUGCGACUGUUACGCCUCUGAAUGCAACAGAGUGUGCUUGUGCCUGCAAUGCCUGUCUUGCUGUCAUUGCGUUGGAGGCCAGAAAGAGGGAACUCUAACUAAAUAUUGACCUUUCAGAGUCUGCGGAAUACUUGCACAAAACACGGAGAGUAACUUUGACCAAAGCAGUUUACUGCUUCUUUCAUCUUUCAUUUCUUUUUUUCUUUUUCUUUUUCUUCUUCUUCUUUUUUUUUUUUAAUCUUAGCCAGCUCUACUUUCUCAAUGUGAAAUACAGACAGAUUCGCACCCUAGGUGCACACCUUCUGGGAAUGAUGAAAUGAGGUUUGGGUGUUGAUAGCAGUGUUUGAGUGAGCUGCUGGUCAGAGAAGUGAAUGCUAUUUACUAUUUAUGUUGAGUGUAUCUUAAAAAAAUGGGAAAGGUCACUAGAAGGCUAAUGAGCAAAAGACUUUGUAGAGUAAACUGAGGACUAAAGGCUGCUGUGAAUCUGAUCUAGAAGUGAAUGGUUCUGUGUGUGAACAUUGAGCUAGGAUACUUAGCCAUUAUAGUUUUAAGCUGCCUUUUUCCCUCUGGGGAAGAACAUCCGGGGCCUUCUUUAGAGCUAAAACAAAAUCGGAUUCAUCCUCUGUCAGUUAUUCAGUCCCACUGAAGUCUGUGACCAUCAGCAUUCCCAGGCUUGUGGGGGACUCAAUGUACCAAGCACAGAUAGACAGAGCUGUCCCCAUGUGGAGAUGGGGGAACACUUUCCAGGGAGUGAUGGAUCUUGUGGGAUAUCCGUAUUUCUAAUGCCAGAUAAACUCUGCUCCCUGAGGAUUACCCCAUCACUCACAAACCGGUUUGGAAUGUCUUUCCCAAAGCUCUCCAAUAACCAUCGUAUUUUAUAAGUCCUGGGAGGCACUAAUUCCUUUCCAGACACUGUGAUGGCUGUCAAAAUGAGCAAAGUAUCCUACCCUGUGAAUCGUGACCUGAAGAUGGGGCUGAAAGGUGUUUGGAGGUUAGAGAAGGAAGAAAAGAACACAUUGCUGGUGGAAAUGCAUAAGGAUGUGUCAUAUUUUUAUUUUUGUAAGUCUGAUUCUCUAAGUGCUUGUAAAGUACUUUACUGUUGUAUAUGUGGUGAUGCAGUAGUUCACAAUAUCCUUUUAUUUUUCUAUAUUCCCCCCUCCACAAUAAUCCCUUCCUGUUCAACUCAUAGAGAGUAAUUUAAGAAGACAAAAUUUAUAUAUCGUAAUAAAAUGCUCAAAACUGUCAUGCUGAUGUAUC